AUGGCCGAAGAUAACAGCAACAAUCUCAAUCCCUCCAGACAAGACGCUUCGCCCUCUCCGCCCCCACCAGCGCCAGUCCCUCUAACACCCGGCCCGCGCGCUACCGUGCUACAGAAGACAUUCAACCAGGCAUUGUUGCGUACACUGCGAGCAAAUUCCUAUGCCAACUUCUCCGGGUGCUUUCCCACCCCUGCGAAACAUGUUCCGGCGAGUCUAGAGUCGGUUUGGAGACAGCUGAAUGCGAAGUUGGAGGAAAGUGCAAGGGCUGAGUUCGAAGAUAUCAUACACGAAAGAGAUGCGAUAAGGCAGUUGAAUGAGUUGGAUAGGUUGAUGGGGGAGGCAAGACAUAGGAGAGAUCGUGGACAGGGACAGGGGGAUGUUGCGCCCCAUACGCUGACUCCAGAGGAACUAUAUCGCGCACGUCUUGCUCCGCAUUUGCAGGAAGCUCAAACGGCUUUGAAUGAGAACAUAGAGUCUACCCAGAACCAAAACGUGGCGUUGUCUCAGCGGGUCCAGUCUCAGAGAUCAGAGAUUGAGGAUCUGCUGUCAAGCCUUGAGUCUGUGGUUGCAGACUUGGAGGGUGCUGCGACAGCUGCUACGCAGUUUAGUGCGGAGAACAAUCUUCGCAAGGAGGCUUUACAGAUGGAAGAAGAAGUCAAAGCUAGAUCGGACAUAUGA